GUCCGUUCUUUUCUUGCUUUUUCUUAUUAAUAGUUGAUGAAAUAUGUGAAUACAAGCGGUCGUUUCGUUUUGGCGUUUGUUAAUGCUUUGUUCUCAGUCUCUGGCGCAAGUUAUUAUGGCUGUUCAAGCACAGUUGUAUCCUGAAAAUUUGGGUUUACCCAUGUGUGGCUUACAAGAUUGGAUGCCAAAUCCUGUUCCUGCUUUUGAUUCUGAUUUUUCUUUCACUCUUCAUCAUCAAGAACCUCAACACCCUCGUUUUUCUCAUCUACAACAAACUUCUCAGAACUUGACUUUUGAUUGCAAUAGAGGAGCUUCUUCUUCAUCUACUUGUGGCAGGAAUAUUUUUUCAAUGGCACUUUCUCAAUCUUUAGAUGCUCAGCUUGAGUUGCAAAGGCAAGAGAUUGACUGCAUUCUUCAAAUGCAGAAUGAUAGAUUAAGAUCUGCUUUGCAAGAACAAAGAAAGCAACAACUGGUAAUCUUGCUAAAGAACAUGGAAUCAAAAGCUGUGAAUUUGAUGAGGCAAAAAGAGGAAGCCUUGGCACAAGCAAGAAUGAAGAGAAUGGAGCUUGAAGUUUGUUUGAGAAAAGCAGAGAUGGAAAGUGAGUCAUGGCAAAGAGUGGCAAAAGAAAAUGAGGCAAUGGUGAUGGAUCUAAGCAACACACUUGAACAGGUGAGAGAGAGAAUGGUGUUGGUCAGCAACAGAGCGGAUGAUGCAGAGUCCUUUUGUUGUGGUUCAUGUGAUGGAGAAGAGGAAGAAGAAGCGAAAGUAGAGAACAGAAAGAUUGCUUGUAAAAGAUGCAAUUCUAGGAAAUCGUGCAUUCUUUUUCUACCUUGCAGGCACCUUUGUUCGUGCAAGCUUUGUGAAGCUUUUCUUGAUUCUUGUCCGGUAUGUAAAUCUGCAAAGGAGACAAGCAUGGAGGUCUUUUGGUUCUAA